ACAGGAUCUGGCUUUGUCACCUGGGCUGGAGUACAGUGGCAGCAAUUAGACCUCAUUGCAGCUGCAAACUCCAGGGCUCAAGGGAUGCUUCUGCCCCAUCUGGACUACAGGAGAAACAUGAACCAGAAGCUACUAAAGUUGGAGAACUUGCUACGAUUUCACACUAUUGGUAGGGAGCUGCACAGCCUGGGUCAGAGAAGAACAUUAGCACAGUGGAGGCAUGGAUUUUCGCCUGCUUGCCCAAUGUGGACAGCUCCACUGUGUGCCCGACCCUUGCAGAUAGACGUGCUCAUCGGGGCUACUUUAUUUCAAUAUAGGCUUCUAGGAACAAAGAAGGAAAAAAGACCAUGGAAAUCUCAGUUAUCUUCAACAAAAUCUAAAAAGGAGGUGGAAGUAUGGAUUGGAAUGACUGUUGAAGAGCUGGCCCAGGCAAUGGAAAAAAACACGGAUUAUAUAUAUGAAGCUUUAUUGAACACUGCUAUUGAUGUAGAUGCACUAGAAGCAGACUCACAUUUAGAUGAAGUCUGGAUCAAAGAAGUGCUAAAGAAGGCAGGGAUGAAGUUAAAAUGGAGCAAAUUAAAACAAGACAAAGUCAGAGAAAAUAAAGAUGCUGUAAGAAGGCCCCAGGCAGAUCCAGCUUUAUUAACCCCAAGGUCCCCAGUUGUUACUAUAAUGGGCCAUGUUGAUCAUGGGAAAACGACGUUACUUGACAAACUUCGAAAAACUCAAGUGGCAGCAAUGGAAGCUGGAGGCAUCACUCAGCACAUUGGUGCCUUUCUUGUCUCUCUGCCUUCUGGGGAAAAGAUAACUUUUCUUGAUACUCCAGGACACGCUGCCUUCUCAGCAAUGAGAGCCAGAGGUGCUCAGGUCACUGACAUUGUCAUAUUGGUUGUAGCUGCAGAUGAUGGCGUGAUGAAACAAACUGUAGAAUCUAUUCAGCAUGCAAAAGAUGCUCAAGUUCCUAUUGUGCUUGCUAUAAACAAAUGUGACAAAGCUGAGGCUGACCCUGAAAACGUGAAAAAAGAGCUGCUGGCUUAUGACGUGGUGUGUGAAGAUUAUGGAGGUGAUGUUCAAGCAGUGCACAUCUCUGCACUUACGGGUGAGAAUCUGAUGGCUUUGGCAGAAGCAACAAUUGCUCUCGCAGAGAUAUUGGAAUUGAAAGCCGAUCCCACUGGUCCUGUGGAAGGAACAGUAAUAGAGUCUUUCACAGACAAAGGAAGAGGUCCUGUUACUACAGCUAUAAUUCAAAGAGGAACUCUGAGGAAAGGCUCAGUUCUGGUUGCUGGAAAGUGUUGGGCAAAAGUGCGUUUAAUAUUUGAUGAAAAUGGAAAAAUAAUCAACGAGGCCUAUCCCAGCAUGCCAGUGGGAAUUAUAGGCUGGAGAAACCUUCCUUCUGCAGGAGAUGAAAUUCUUGAAGUAGAAUCUGAGCCAAGGGCACGUGAAGUUGUUGACUGGAGGAUAUAUGAACAAGAACAGGAGAAAAAUAAAGAGGAUCUGAAAACAAUAGAAGAAAAGCGAAAGGAACACCAAGAAGCACAUCAGCAAGCCCGGGAGAAGUAUGGCACUUUGCACUGGAAGGAGAGAUCAUUUAUAAAGUAUCUAGAGAGAAAAGAACAAAAGCCCUUAAAGCCAAAAGAGAAAAUAGAAAGAGAUUCAAAUAUACUUCCUGUAAUAAUUAAAGGUGAUGUUGAUGGCUCUGUUGAGGCCAUUUUGAACCUUAUGGAUACCUACGAUGCUUCACACGAGUGUGAACUGGAUUUAGUACAUUUUGGAGUGGGUGAUGUUAGUGAAAAUGAUGUUAACCUUGCUGAAACAUUUGAUGGUGUUAUAUAUGGCUUUAAUGUGAAUGCAGACAAUGUUAUCCAGAAGUCCGCUGAGAAAAAGGGAGUAAAAAUUAAACUUCACAAAAUCAUUUACCGUCUUGUUGAAGAUUUGCAGGAGGAAUUGAGCAGUAGAUUGCCCUGCAUUGUGGAAGAACACCCAGUAGGUGAGGCUUCUAUACUAGCUACUUUCUCUGUAACGGAAGGGAAGAAGAAAGUUCCUGUGGCUGGCUGCAGAGUACAAAAGGGACAGUUUGAAAAACAAAAAAAAUUUAAAUUGAUCCGUAACGGACAUGUUAUUUGGAAGGGUUCAUUAACUUCACUGAAACACCACAAAGAUGACGUUUCAGUCAUCAAAACUGGAAUAGAUUGUGGUCUCAGUUUAGAUGAAGACGAGAUAGACUUUAAAGUAGGAGAUGAAAUUGUUUGUUAUGAAGAAAAGCAAGUUCCAGCCAAAACUUCUUGGGAUCCAGGAUUUUAAGAUACAUUUAAAAAUGUGAA